AUCUAUCUAGCAGACAUUGUGACGUUGUGUAGUAGUUAUUGCACGUUGUUUUGUCAUCUGGAUUUUUUGCCAGCUAGAACAUCAUAAUUAAGCAAGGAAAAGCGAAAAAUGGCUGAAUCGGUGAAUUGUAAUACAGCUCCAGAUUCUUGGGAGGAUAAUAACGACGACAAAGGGGAGAGUUUGCAAAAUUCUCUGCAGCAUUUAAACGUUAAUGCGCCUGCAUUCGUUCCGGGGCAAAACGUGCAUGCCGCAGUCUUCGUUCCUGGCGGCGGAAUGCAAGCACAGCCUGAUAAUGAAGAACCUAGUAAACCAUCGACUGUCAACAGCGAGCCGGCAAGUGGUGAAUCACAAGAAACUGAUCUUGUCAAAGAAGAUCCUCCAGAUACAUGGGAAAAUGACGAAGAAGAAGUAAAAACUCCGGUAGAUGACACUGUAGAAAAUACAUCAACUGUUACACAGCCGAAGAAGGAAAAAAAGUUGAAAGUAACUCCGACUGAAAAGAAAAAGGAUCACUUGAAUAUAAUUUUCAUUGGCCAUGUCGAUGCUGGCAAAAGCACAAUUGGUGGACAUAUAAUGUAUCUAACUGGUAUGGUCGAUAAAAGAACAUUAGAAAAAUAUGAAAAAGAGGCAAAAGAAAAGAAUAGAGAAAGUUGGUAUCUCUCCUGGGCACUUGAUACCAACCAAGAGGAAAGAGACAAGGGAAAAACUGUGGAAGUUGGCAGGGCUUACUUUGAAACGGAAAACAAGCAUUUUACCAUUUUGGAUGCUCCCGGGCAUAAGGGUUUUGUACCGAACAUGAUUUCUGGUGCUUCCCAAGCGGAUGUAGCCGUUCUUGUUAUAUCAGCACGAAAAGGUGAAUUUGAAACCGGAUUCGAGCGUGGAGGCCAAACUCAGGAACACGCUAUGCUAGUGAGAACUGCUGGAGUUAAAAUGCUCAUAAUAGUAGUUAAUAAAAUGGAUGAUCCUACUGUAAAAUGGGACGAAAAACGAUUCAAUGAAAUCAAAGGGAAAUUGACGCCAUACUUAAAAAAAUGCGGAUUCAAUCCAAAAACCGAUUUACUUUAUUUGCCUGUAUCAGGAUUGACCGGUGCAAAUCUACUAGAAAAUGCGACCGAUUUGUGUCCUUGGUAUGAAGGGCCUUCUCUUAUAAAACAUUUAGAUAGUAUAAGACCAAUAGACCGAAUGUUUGAUGGACCGUUACGAUUGCCCGUUGUUGAUAAAUAUAAAGACAUGGGCACGAUUAUUUUAGGAAAAAUUGAAUCUGGAAAACUUUCGCGUGGAGAUCAAGUGAUACUCAUGCCUAAUAAACAAAUAUGUGAAAUUACGACUUUGUGGUCUGAUGAAGAGGAUGUUGAGUCCGCAUUGAGUGGAGAAAACGUUAAAUUAAAAUUAAAAGGCGUGGAAGAAGAGGAAGUCAGUCCUGGAUUUGUCCUAUGUCACUCAUUGAACUUGUGCCAUACAGGACGCGUUUUUGACGGCCAAAUUGUUGUACUCGAACAUAAAUCAAUCAUAUGUGCUGGUUAUUCGGCUGUUUGUCAUAUCCACACUUGCGCGGAAGAGGUAACAAUUAAAGCUCUGAUUUGUACGAUAGAUCGAAAAACUGGAGACAAGUCGAAGACGAGACCAAGGUUUAUAAAACAGGACCAAAUAGCUAUUGCUAGAUUCGAACUUAAUGGUGGAGUUGUAUGCCUAGAAUCAUUCGAAGAUUUUCCGCAAAUGGGACGAUUCACCCUACGAGAUGAAGGCAGAACCAUCGGAAUAGGAAAGGUGCUCAAACUUGUCAAUUAAAAAUUACGAACUCUCAAUCCUGCUGCUUCUUCAAUAACGGAUAAAAUUCGAGUCUUGUACAGCUUUCGCUAUGAAUGUACGCAACGUUCAGUCGUCUUUUUUAUAGAAAGAGCGUACAAACUUAAUAUUGUAUCUAAAGUAUUUAUAGAAUAACGAAAUGUUUUUUUAAACGAUUACAUUUUUUUUUGUCUUUAUACUCGACUUGAAUAUGCCAGGCUAAUUUUUAAAAGUGCUUGCCCUAUUUUCAACAAGAUAUACUUGUAUAUAAUUAUACUACUAUCUGACUUUCGCCUACUGUCUUGAUAGGAAGCAAGUUUCCUUUAACUAAACAAAUAGAGCCAUUGAUUAAUGGGAUGAGAAAAGCUUAAA